AAUUUGUAGAAUGUUAAUUGAUAAGUAGAUGGUCACCAUGGAUAAUGGACAUAACCCCAUAACCUAUUUGUAAUUUAUUAAAACAAUGUCUUAUUUUUCACUAUUAAACAUAUCCGCAAAUAGUUGAUGUGAUACUAAGUAUUAAAAAUGUGAAUUAGCUCAAUUUUAUAAGGGGUAAAAAUGCAAAUAAAAUAAUGUUAUGCAAGAUCAUUAAUACAUUUUAAAUUUUACUAAAUUUAUAUAUAUUUUUAACUAUUUUAUCGAUUAAAAUAUUUUUCCAUAAGUAACGUAUGUAUUAUUAUCAUGGUCAUUAUCUAAACAACAGAUAUAUUGUCUCUAUCAAUGGCAACUUUGUUUGUGAUGUUAUGUUUCUCUAAGGGUGUGUUUGGUGGCCCAAGGAAUAGAAUAAAUAACUCUAUCUUAUUCUCUUUUUACUUUCUUAUAACCCUACAUUAUCCUAUCCAAAUAACCCAAUCUAAAUUCUAUUAUUAUUUUCUAAAUUACUACGAUCAUAAUCCUUCUCCCAAACAUAUAUUAUUAUAAUACUACUAUUAUAAUCCUUCCCCAAACACAUACUAUUAUAACACUAAGUUUUAUAUUCUUUUCCUCCAAACACAUAUUAUCAUAACAUUAGGAUUAUCAUAAUUGGAUUAUUAUAAUAUUUUUCCCCAUACCUCUUUCUCUUCCCAAACGCACUCUUAGUAUAUCAUAUAAGGGAGGUAGGGAAAUGACAAUUUACAUUUAAAUCAAAUUGAAACAAACAUAGAAGAUAAGAAAAUGUGGGAACGUGGACGUGGAGGCAACGACACAAAACGGUCUAAAAUCACGAAAUUCGAAAAGAAACAAAAUGAAUUUUUGAAAAUGAAUUUUCGAAGAAAUAUCACAAAAUUGAAAAACCGAAUUCAGAUUUGGGGACUGACACGUGGGAUAAAAAAGCGUCCAGUUUUAACCUCCACGAGUCCAAACCUCUCUCCCAACAAAAAGAAAAAACAAAAAAAGACCUAUAAUUAUCUUUCAUUUUUCAAGCUCUUCAUAAUCACCCACCACAAAAAUCUAUCCCAAUCUCCUUUUUCAUCUACAAAAUUAUUACGUAACAGUUUCCUAGAUCAAAUUAGUCGUCAGUUUUUGAAGCAUUUCAAUUCUGAAAUCAUAAACAGAGAUGGAGAAUUGUACCUUAACUGGGUUGUUGAAGAAAGCGGCUUCUGAAUUUCCUCACCGGCGGGCUCUCUCCGUCUCCGGAAAGUUCGACUUAACCCAUGAGCGGUUGCAGGAGCUCAUUGAACAUGCCGCUGCUCGUUUGGUGGAUUCCGGAGUUAACGCCGGUGAUGUGGUGGCCCUCACCUUCCUCAACACCGUUGAGUAUGUGAUUAUGUUUUUGGCCGUAAUCCGAUGCCGGGCCACCGCUGCACCAUUAAAUUCGGCUUACACGGCGGAGGAAUUCGAGUUUUAUUUAUCGGACUCGGAAUCGAAGCUGCUUCUCACAUCGAAAGAAGGAAUUUCAUCGGCACAAACGGCUGCUACAAAGCUUAAUAUUCCUCAAGUGAAAGUGAGCCUGUCCAGUGGCGAUGAGUAUAUUGAACUCUUUCCGUCCCCAAUUGAAAUGAGCUCGAAUGUUGUGGAGAUCGUUAACGAUCCGUCCGACGCCGCUCUCUUCCUCCACACCUCCGGCACCACCAGCCGCCCCAAGGGCGUGCCGCUGACUCAACAAAACCUCGCCGCCUCUGUUCAGAAUAUUAAAUCUGUGUACAAGCUUUCGGAGUCCGAUUCAACGGUACUCGUUCUUCCGUUAUUCCACGUUCACGGAUUAAUGGCGGGAUUACUAUCAUCGCUAAUCGCCGGAGCCGCCGUGACUCUUCCAGCUGCCGGACGAUUCUCGGCUACAACGUUUUGGUCCGAUAUGAUCGCCUACAACGCGACGUGGUACACGGCGGUCCCCACGAUUCAUCAAAUCAUACUCGAGCGCCAUUUCAGCAAGCCAGAGCCGUCGUAUCCGAAGCUCCGGUUUAUUCGCAGCUGUAGCGCGUCGUUAGCACCUUCGAUUUUGGAACGAUUGGAACAAUCAUUCGGAGCUCCGGUUCUCGAGUCUUACGCAAUGACUGAAGCGUCGCAUUUAAUGGCGUCCAAUCCGUUGCCGGAGGACGGCGUACACAAAGCCGGAUCAGUAGGGAAGCCGAUUGGUCAAGAAAUGGCUAUUCUGGACGAGAACGGCGCGAUCCAAUCGGAAGGUGUGAAAGGAGAAGUGUGUAUUCGGGGACCAAAUGUGACGAAGGGAUAUAAGAACAAUCCAGACGCUAACAAGUCCGCAUUCAUGUUUGGAUGGUUCCACACGGGCGAUAUCGGCUUCUUCGACUCCGACGGGUACUUGCAUCUGGUCGGCCGAAUCAAGGAACUCAUUAACCGAGGAGGUGAGAAAAUCUCUCCGAUUGAAGUAGACGCCGUGCUUCUAUCUCACCCCGACAUUUCUCAGGCCGUCGCCUUCGGAGUCCCCGACAACAAGUACGGCGAAGAGAUCAAUUGCGCCAUAAUUCCAAGGGAGGGAAGUUCGAUCAACGAAGCGGAUGUGCUGGAAUUUUGCAAGAAAAACCUUGCGUCCUUCAAGGUUCCGAAGAAGGUGUUCAUCACCGAUUCUUUACCAAAAACUGCUACCGGAAAGAUCCAACGCCGAAUCGUAGCGGAGCAUUUUCUUGCCGCUAAAGCUUGAUCCGAUUGAAGUUGAACUUGGAUCGGGAAUCUUCUUUUUUUUUUUCUCUUUUGGGAAAGCUUAGGGAGGUUGUUGUUAGUUUAUUACUCCGACGAUGUUGAUGUUGAUGUCGAUGGGUUCCUAUUGUGAGAACUACGAACAAUAUUUUAUCUAUAUGUAAAAGAAAAUAAAAUUGAUAUAUUUUUCCAUUAAAUAAAUAUAGUUUUAUUUUCAA